GCAAAUUUCCGUGCUGUCUCGAAUAUACGCGUUAGGAUCAGAGCGGAAGUUCCACGUGGUGGCGAGUUUUAAGGGUUGAAAGUUGAAGGGAUGGCUUUGGCGGUGGUUUGAACGAGUUUUGUGGGUGAAAAUGCAGGAGCCGAAGUCCUUCCUGAUCAGGGAUCUGCUUGGAGAUGUUCUGACUGCUAGGGAUGAAGAAUCCGAAGAUGCUGAUUCAACCAGAAGUCCAGAAAUCUGUGACGUCCAACUUCCUGUCGACGGCUCAACAAGCCUGUCUAUUCCCGAUAACAACUCCAACUCUCUGGAAGGGUCUAAAGGUCGAAAGCCACGUCGACGUCGUACCGCCUUCACACACGCACAACUGGCCUUUUUGGAGAGGAAAUUCAGGUGUCAAAAAUACCUGAGCGUCGCUGAUAGGAGCGACGUUGCCGACGCUCUCAACUUGAGCGAGACGCAGGUCAAGACGUGGUAUCAGAACAGACGGACUAAAUGGAAACGACAAAACCAGCUCCGUUUAGAGCAGCUGAGACACCAGACAACCAUGGAAAAGGAGCUGAUGAACCCGAGAUCUCUGAGGAAUCCAUCACCUACGGAACCCACAGCUUGCUGUCCAACGUCCGGUAUAUCCAGAUUUGGCAGUCAGUCACCCUGUAGCUUUUUUUCUUCUGCUGCAGCGGCUAUUUUUCACAACGUCACCUACGUGCACGGUUGCCAGUUAUAAUGAAAAUUCUUCAAGGGAAGGAACAAUGGUUUCAUUUAGUUUUGUGUCUUGAUUCGAAAACAUGAAGGACAUAUUGUAUAAAUUGUGAUUCAAUGGUGUACUGAAAUAAACUGAAUUUCGCUCGCCAGAUCGAUAAUAUAUGUUAUGAAAUAUUAUUUUUAAAAUUCUUUCUAGUCUUUUGUUUAUAUGGAAUAGUUAUCAACAUGUAGUUUCAUAGGAAUGUUAUGUGAAUUUGUUGAUGCUGUAUAUGUCUAAUUAUAUUAUUUAUUUAAUUAUAGAUUUUUCGUUAAAAAAAUGA